GCGUGGACACACCGAGAGCUUCGCAGCUGAAAGACCUACCUCACCUACUAUGGCGGCGAGAGGAGGCCGUGGCGGUGGGCGCGGUGGUGGACGCGGCGGAGGCGGGAUGAGAGGGGACAAUGGCCCUCCAAUGGGCGCAUUCACUUGGGCGGAGCUCGCCAAGAUGGACAAGGAGCCAAGCAAGGCAUAUCCUCCAAUGGAGGAGAAGCCGGUGCUAUCGCCAGCAACGCCGUUUGAGGAGCGGGCGGUUGCGCUGCAGCUCAAAUUCCUGUCCGAGCAGCGCUACACAUCAUGGUGGCCCGUCGAAGAGGAGAAACGGCGGCGCGAGGUGCCACGCUUCUCGGAUCGCUACCACCGGGACAAUGCAAAGAACGGCUCGCAGUCGCUCAAAAUCAGAGAGGCCGCCUACAUGCAAAGGGAGGCCUUUCCAAGGGGGCUAUGGAAGGCCUUUAUGGACGGGGAGGAUAAGAAGGCCGAUGGGAAGAGGAGCGACGGAGCUGGCCCGUCCAAGAAGCGGACGGAUUGGAAACGAAUGCUGGAGCGCCUCGAGACCGGCGGAGAGGCUCCCCCGGAUCGGUCACCAUCUCCCGAUGAGGAGGAGCCCAUGGACGAUUACGAGGACGAGGAAGAAGACGACUAUGCAGACAAUUACUUCGACAAUGGCGAAGGGGAUGACAUCGAGGACGAGGGUGGCGGUGGCGAAGCUGAAUACGACUGAGAACCGUAAGCACAGCACUGUACUCUAUUGAAACUAUUUUCGACUCCUCGUGCGGCAAAGUUGGUGUGCAGGGUGUGAUCAGGGGCUGAUUAAGCAAAAUGUGAUGCUCUCACUCAA